AGUUACACAAGUACUGAGAGAUAUCACCAAACGUUGAAGGAAAACAUGGCUAACUCAUUUGCAAGUUUAAACCCACAGCUCAUCGUAUCUUUCGGGGAGAUGCUCAUUGACUUUGUUCCAGACGUUGCUGGUGCUUCUCUGGCUGAGUCCUCUGCUUUCCUCAAAGCACCUGGCGGUGCACCCGCUAACGUUGCUUGCGCCAUCAAAAAGCUUGGCGGCAACUCCGCCUUCAUCGGCAAGUUUGGGGAUGACGAAUUUGGGCACAUGCUGGUUGAUGUCUUGAAGAAACAUGGGGUGAACACUGAUGGCAUCUGCUUCGAUCCCCAUGCCAGAACUGCACUGGCAUUUGUGACACUGAAGAGAAAUGGGGAGAGGGAGUUCACUUUUUAUAGAAACCCUAGUGCUGACAUGUUGUUGAAGGAAUCAGACUUGAAAAUAAGUAUGAUCAAGCAGGCCAAGAUAUUCCAUUAUGGGUCCAUAAGCUUGAUAUCAGAGCCAUGUCGAUCCGCUCACAUGGCAGCCAUGAAAGCUGCCGGGGAAGCUGGGGUUUUUCUUUCUUAUGACCCAAAUGUGAGGCUUCCUCUUUGGCCUUCUCCUCAGGCUGCUAGGGAUGGGAUCUUGAGCAUAUGGAACUAUGCUGAUUUCAUCAAGGUGAGUGAUGAUGAGGUAGCUUUUCUCACUCAAGGGGAUCCUGGAAGGGAAGAUGUUGUGUUGUCUCUAUGGCAUCAGAAUCUCAAGUUGCUUAUUGUCACUGAUGGAGAGAAAGGCUGUAGAUACUUCACUAAGCAUUUCAAAGGAAAGGUCGAUGGGUUUUCAGUGAAAACAGUGGAUACAACUGGAGCUGGUGAUGCGUUUGUUGGAUCCAUUCUGGUCUCACUGGCCAUGGAUACUAAGUUUUUCCAUGAUGAGGGGAGACUGAGGGAAGCUUUGUUGUUUGCAAAUGCUUGUGGAGCAAUUUGUGUAACUAAAAAGGGAGCAAUUCCAGCCCUUCCAACAAGAUCAGACGCUCUUGGGCUGAUUAAGUCCAAGGCCAUGCCCCUUCUCACAAAAACUUGCAUGCUCUUUUCUUCCCUUGCUGCUUUAGUUUCAAUUUUAGUAUUCCUUCUAUACAAACCUAAAUAAGUUGUUGUUAGAGGUAUUUUAUUAGAACAUCAAAUUAAUUGCCCUAUGUUUAAUGUGUUAUU